UCCAAUUUGUUUUGCCUCUCCCCUCGCCGUCGUCGUCUUCCCUCUCCCUCUCCAUCGUCGUCCUUCGUCUGGUGAAGUAGCCGUCUGCCGUUGGUCUUGUCCCCAUCGUCCUCAUCCUCGUUGUCUGCCGAAAUCAUCUUCAUCUUCCUCGACUUCGUCUUCCAGUCCCCAUCUUCGUCCUCUUCCGUAAAAAAUAUUGAUUAAUCAUUGUUUUGGGGGAAGGAGAUGUUGUUAAGGAAUACUCUCAUAUGACUACGCCUCGUAUCAGAUUUCACAAGAAAGAUGAUCUAACACACAACCACGAAGACAUCAAAUUUAAGCUAUUACAAGUCAUGAGAGGAGGAAGAAAGAAUCUCAAGAGGGCGGUGGCUGAAGAAUUGACUGCUCUUCAACAUGGUGAAAGCAUAAUGCAGGUUGUGGAUCUAAGGGGAUCUAAUCUUAUUGAGGUGAUGGACACAAAAGGGGAUAAAUUAAUUGCUAUCUUUCCAGCCAAAUUUCAGAAAAGUAUGUGGAUCAAACGAGGGAACUUUGUAGUUGUUGAUGAAAGCGGGAGAGAGGAAGCGGUUGAAUCUGGUAGGAAAGUCGCUGGCAUCGUUACACAAGUCCUUUAUCAUGAUCAAGUUCGUUUGCUUCAAAAAUCAUCUGAAUGGCCCGAGAUCUUCAAAUCCACGCCAGGAGAGAACUCAAUGCAAUGCUUAGAUUCUGAUACUCUUCGACAAGAAGAUGAAGAAAAUUGUAGCAGUGACGAUGAAUUGCCGCCAUUGGAAGCCAAUACGAACCGACUAAAUCCUCUCCAUCACCAUGUUGAGUCUGAGUCGGAUUCAGAGGAAGACGCAUAGGCCUUGCAUUGUUGAAAAGAUAGGCUACUUUGUGUCAGGAUAUGUAUUGAGAUAAGAACAGAGAUGACUAAGAACAAAUUAAUGGGAACAACGGCUCAGAUUUGCAGCAGUGGAAGAAAGUUACUGCAAUACUUCAUUUCUGAAUAUUUUGAUUAAAUAUUGGGAAUUGGCGGACAGAAUGCACAAGCUAUAUACAGAGUCACAAAAAAAAAUUAGAUGCUAUAGAAUAUACAAGAAGAA